GCCGUGGAGUAGAGGAGCACAAGUGAGCUAGCUAGCUCUAGCUAGGCCACGCACUGCUGCCUCCUUCAUCAUCAGGUCGUGCUAGCUAGCUAGCUAUAGCUGGGCCGGGGGACGUACGACAUCAGCGCGCGGCCAUGGGCGUGGGGAAGCUGAUGAACGACGUGAAGCCAUACCUGGCGAUGGUGCUGCUGCAGGUGGGGUUCUCCGGGAUGUACAUCGUCUCCGUCGCCUCCCUCAAGCGCGGCAUGAACCACUUCGUCCUCGUCGUCUACCGCAACCUCGUCGCCACCGUCGUCAUGGCCCCCUUCGCCCUCCUCUUCGAGAGGCGAGUGAGGCCCAAGAUGACGCCGCUCAUCUUCCUCAAGAUCAUGGGGCUCGCCGUGCUCGAGCCUGUGCUCGACCAGAACAUGUACUACCUCGGCGCGAAGCUGACGUCCGCGACCUUCGCCUCGGCGCUGGUCAACAUCCUCCCCGCCAUCACGUUCCUGCUGGCCCUCGCCCUGAGGAUGGAGAGGCUGAGGCUCCGGAGCCUCCGCAGCCAGGCCAAGGUGGUCGGCACGGUCUGCACCGUCGCCGGCGCCGUGCUGAUGAUCCUCUACCACGGCCCGGUGGUGCCGUUCCCGUGGUCCGCGGGUCGUCUUCACCACCACGUCCCCGCGGCGGCGGUGGAGAGCCAGAGCAGCGCCUCCUGGCUCAACGGCAUCUGCAUGAUCAUCGGCAGCUGCCUGUGCUGGUCCGGCUUCUUCAUCCUCCAGUCGAACACGCUGCAGAGCUACCCUGCGGAGCUGACGCUGACGACUCUGAUCUGCUUCCUGGGCUCGGUGCUGACCGGCGGCGUGGCGCUCGUGGCGGAGCGCCGCGACAUGAGCGCCUGGGUCAUUGGCUUCGACACCCGCCUCUUCACCGCCGUCUACUCCGGGAUCGUGUGCUCCGGCGUGGCCUUCUACGUGCAGGGGAUCGUGACGCAGGCGCGCGGGCCGGUGUUCGUGACGGCGUUCCAGCCCCUGUGCAUGAUCAUCACCACGGUUCUUGGCUCCACCAUACUGAAAGAGGAGACCACCCUGGGAAGCGUGAUUGGCGCGGCGAUCAUAGUGGUGGGGCUCUACUGCCUCAUCUGGGGCAAGAGCAAGGACCACCUCGGCAGCAACGGCGGCAAGCCCGGCGCCGCGGCCGUCGCCGAGCUGCCCCUGACCUCGUCGGCUCCUGCUUGGUCCAACGGCAAGCAAGCUCUGGCCGUCGUCGAGACGACACCGCCUUCGUCUUUGCCCAACAAGUGCGUUCACUGACGCGCGGAUCGGAGCUCCAUGCAUGAUGCGGACCGUACACCACCGCACACUACUAGUAGUGCAUUGCCAGUGACUGUAAGCCGCCGGCCGUGUAUGAUCAUGCAUGCAUACCGAUGUCCCAUACUCCCAUCGUUGCGUUUAACACUCUCGAGUUUUUGA